AUGGCCCAUCAGAGUCGUGUCAAAGGUCCAGGGAUUUCUGCCGCCAAAGCUCCCGCUCCCGUGCCCGUCGUCCGUGACGUCUCUGACUGGGAGGUCUUCACUGAUGACGAGUCUGAUAGCGACACUUCUCAAAACACUGUCGAUUUCAUUGAGCCCCCUCCUGCCUACAAGGUAGACGAUCCAGGGUUGGUGGUCAACAGACCCACGCUGGGUAGACCGACUUUGGGCAGGCCUGUUGUUGAGCGGCCUGUCCAGGAGAAGCGUCAGUCGUCGUGGCGACAAUGGCUCAACAGGGAUAAGGUCAGCCCGGAGGCGGCGGAUGAACCGACUCUACGUCCUGACCGAAGGGUGAGGCGUCAUCGUUCUGAAACCGAGACACCCGAGGAGCGGGAGGCGAGAAGAUCAGAACGUCGCCGCCGACACAGGGAGCAUGAAGAACGUGGUCGCACGGAGAAGGACCGCCGUACUCGUGACAGAAGCCGGGCAGGUAGUCCAAGCACGCGACACAGACGACACAAGCGACGCGAAGGUGAGGAGAGAGAAGAGAGAAGUGAUGAGAAGGAGUCUCGCCGCCUCUCACGGAGGUUCCUUGGACGAAGUGAUGAAGAGGACAAGGAACGAGAGAGAGAGAGGGAGAAGCGUAGGUCUAUGAGAGAACGACCUACUCUUGACAAGAGACACUCUACCUCUGCUUCCAUCAGACAUCGCGACCCUGAGUAUGCCGAGCGCGAGAGGAGAUCUAGUCGUGUGGAUGGUGAGAGGCGACACAAGAGCAGUCGUGAGCACUCACGAGUCUCACAUAGCCACACUCCUCGCGCUCCUGAAGAGGACAAACAUCGCGAUGAGGACCGGGAGGCUCGGAGAGCAGAGCGCCGACGACUACACAACGAGCGCAAGGCAGCUACCCCCAAGCACAGUGACUCUGACCGCGGCGAGAAGGAGAGGUCAUACACAAGAAGUGUUGACCCUGAACGCGCAAGAGAGCGACGCCAUAGCCGACAUCUCAGCCAACUUGACAACGACAACCGGAGGGACCGGUACAAGGACUACGAAUCAGCCCGAGCCUCAAUGAAGAUCAAGAGCCCAAGUCCAGGAUCAGAUCCUGAGAAGGAGAAGUUGAGGAUGUAUGAGAAGGAGCGCGAGAGGGAGGAGGAACGACAGAGAGAGCGUGAACGCGAGAAGGAGAAUGAGCGCGAACGCAUCCGCUUAGAGGAGAAGCGUAAGGCUGAGGAGAAGAAGAGGAUUGAGGAGAUGGAGAAGGAGCGUGAGAGAGAGCGACUCGAGGAGCAAAAGAAGCUUGAAGAGAAGAAGAGAGCUGAGGACAAGCGACGUGCUGAGGAGAAGAAACGCGCCGAGGAGAAGCGCAAGCUCGAGGAGAAGAAGAAGUUGGUCGAAGAGAAGCGUCGCCUUGCAGAGAAGAAGCUCAAGGCCGAGAGUCGACGAAAGGCCGCUGAGGAGCGUGAGAAGGAGAAGGAGCGCGAGAGACUUGAAGAGAAGAAGAGGAUCGAGGAGGAGAAGCGUCUUGAAGAGGAGCGACGUAUCGAGGAAGAGCGAAAGCUCGAAGAGAAGAAGCGUCUGGAGGAGAAGCGCAAGGCUGAUGAGAAGAGACGCGCUGAUGUCCAGGAGAAGGAGCGAAAGCUCGCCGAGGCCAAGAAGCGUAUCGAGGAGAAGGAGAAGCGCGCUGCUGAGCGCAAGGAGAAGGAUGCUCGUCGUGCUCUCCGCAAGCAACAGAAAGAAGAGCAAAAGAAGAAGGAUGCUGCCGCCGAGGAGCAAGCAAGCAAGCCUCAGAUUCUCGGCCCCAACAAGUGGCCCGCCCCAGGAGCACGCCUCGGCCCUGCCCUAGGCCCCCUGCGACUAGCUACAGCUACAGUUCCAGCUACAGAGACCAAGCCGAAGCCGGCUAUUGUUGACGACUCCGACAGUGGUGUCGACUAA